AUGUUUUGUCCGUUCAGUUCCAGUGCUCCACCAAGAGCAAACGUAACACAGACUGAACAACAACAACCUUUGAAUCUGAAGCAUCUUAGCGAAGCUGUCAGAACUCUUACUUCGCCACCAAAUGAUGUGAUUUAUUCGGCUUUCAAGUCCAUUGUUGAACAAACUGAAUGCCCAGCAUAUAGUAAAAUACUGAACGAGCUACCAUGUGAUCACUCAAGUUCUGAUAUUAAGUUAUUAGAUAUUUUGUAUGAUUCUGCACAAAUUGUACUUGGUGACGGUGCCAAAGUAAUCGAAACUGUGGGUGCGACGCUCAUACAAGAAUGCCGCAACGACCGGCAAAUUCAAGCUCUGAAGAGUUUGGGCGGCAACUUGUACCACUUCUUGACUACAUUGGAUGGUGUGCACGACGUCCUACAAAUGGGCGACGAUAAGGAAGCCAGCUCGGAUUUAACUUGCCGGCCAGGUGAUGAACCUGGUGUAUUGGACUUGACCCUUCGAACACGUAGAUCAGAUGGAAAGCGUGUGGCCCACUUGUUAACCGGCACACUGUCCGGUGUCGCAACCAGGUUCUACGGGUCACGACCAGAUAUUCGACUUGGCACACACCCAAGUGACCCGUCAUUGUAUAGGUACACCAUAAAGACUACAGUUGAUGCUGAAGACGUUAAAGACUCUGCUCCAUUUUUGUCACAUCGAGCCAACGAUCUUAAAAUGGGUGUAACAAGCUUCUGCAAGGCUUUUCCGUGGCACUUGGUAUUGGAUAAACGAUUGGAGUUCGUACAAUUAGGCUCUGGGUUCAUGAAGCUUUUUGGAAAAUGCCUACAACAAUUCGGUCGAUCUAUCCACACGUAUUUUAAAAUCAGAAGACCGAAGAACGUUCGGCUCUCGUUCGACGGCAUCGUGAACAGGGCAAACUCGCCGUUCGUGUUGACGCUAUGCUUGCCCGAGCCGCUAAACCAUAAUUCUGCCGAGGGUUUGGAAUUCAAAGGACAAAUGGUCUUGUGCAACGAGUCUGGAUCGUUACUAUACGUCGGUUCACCAUUGCUAGAUGGAUUGGACAGUCUAACCAGUAGAAGUCUAUUCAUUUCGGACAUACCAUUGCACGACGCUACCAGAGACGUGAUAUUAAUUGGCGAGCAAGCUAGGGCUCAGGAUGGCCUUCGGAGAAGAAUGGACAAGUUAAAGAGUUCGAUCGAAGAAGCCAAUUUGGCUGUCGAUAAAGAGAGAGAAAAGAACGUCAGCCUUUUGCACACGAUUUUUCCACCAAAUAUUGCCAAACGGCUUUGGCUUGGAGAAACCAUCGAAGCGAAAACGCAUGACGAGGUGACCAUGUUGUUCAGCGAUAUCGUCGGCUUCACGUCUAUCUGUAGCACUGCCACGCCGUUCAUGGUUGUCAACAUGUUGGAGUCCUUGUACAACAAGUUUGACGCUUACUGCGGACAUCUGGAUAUUUACAAGGUAGAAACGAUUGGCGAUGCUUACUGCGUGGCUUCGGGCUUACACAAGUUCAGUUCUAUACACGCUCAACAAAUCGCAUGGAUGGCUCUGAAGAUGAUCGAAACGUGUAAAACUCAUCAUACACACGACGGGAAGCCGAUCAGAAUGCGAAUCGGAUUGCACACCGGAUCAAUAUUGGCUGGCGUAGUGGGCGUAAAAAUGCCAAGAUAUUGUUUGUUCGGCCAUAACGUAACAAUCGCCAACAAGUUUGAGUCUGGUAGCGAACCGCUCCGGAUAAACGUCAGUCCGACUACUCACCAGCUGUUGAUGAAGACUCCUGGAUUCUCGUUCGAGGAGAGGAGCCGAUCGUGUCUGCCCGUCGGAUUUCCCGAACACAUACCGGGCACGUGCCAUUUCCUGUUGUCGUACGCGCACCCCAACAUGUCGCCCGACGAUGCGUCCGACUUAGACGCUCAUGUCACCGCUGGCUUGCGACAACUUACCUUAGACAGCUGAACAACACCACUGCCAUCUUCACCACCACCUCCACAGCCAUCACCGUUUCUUCGUAGAUGAUUAUAGUAUACACGUGCACCGGCGAACGACGUCGAAUCUUAUAAUAUAUUAUUAUUGUAAUUUUUUUUUUUUUGUUCUUGUUGUUGCCCACCCGCAGAAGUACAUUCUCUAUAAUAUGCCAAUGUGAAGAAAAACGUAAAAAAAAGAAAGAAAAAAAAUGUUUAUUUGAUUAUUAUAUAAUAUCACAAUAUGUGUAUCAUAGCUGUAGAGUUCAGCCUUCUUGUAUAUUAUAAUAUAUAAUAUCCUUAUCCUGUCAUUCCGCCAGUCAGAUCAACACCGCCGGUUAAAAGCACUCGAUUCGUGCAUCACGAUUCCUACACACCUCGCUCACCUAAAAAUAAUAUAUUAUAGUUAUUAUGACAUCACCCGUCGCCGACGGUUAAAAUCACGUAAGAUGUACAUUAUUGUUUGUACAGCUAAAUAAUUAUUCUCUUGCCUAAAAUGUUUAUAAACGUAAUAUUAUAAAAUCAAAAGCAUAACAAUUAAAAUAUA